AUGUCUUCCUCCCCAGAGCAACCCCAAAUUCACCUCAAUACUCACCCAAAUUCAUCCACCGAAAAUACUCUUGUUGCUCUAUAUAUCACUGCUCAGAUCAAUGAUAAAUUGGCUCCUUCUAAUUUUCCUUAUUGGUGCGCUCAAUUUGAAGCCUUACUUAUAGGCUAUGAUUUGCUUGAUUAUGUCACAGGUAUCUCCAAAUGCCCCUCUCCGAGUGACCCUUCCAUAUCUGCCUUACACAAAACCCAUUGGAUUAGGCAAGAUAAACUUAUACUCAGUGUAAUCCUUGCCUCCACAUCUCCCACCAUUACCCCACGCAUAACCACCGCAAAAACAUUCUAUGAGGCAUGGAAGAAAUUGAAUACAUUGUAUGCUAGCAAAUUACGAACACGCGCCAUGCAAUUAAAAAAGGAACUCACCUUAAUCCAGUAUGGAAAUCGAUUCAUCUCCAAUUAUUUGCAUACUUUGAAGGCUUUGGUAGAUGAGAUUGCCAUUAUAGAUCACCCAAUUUCUGAUGAUGACCUAACAGUUUAUGUCUUGAAUGCAUAUAAAACAAGGGAUACUGCUAUAAGUGAUGUUGGUGGAUUUGAAAACUUAGAGUUGUCUCUACUUCUUUUCAAUGAUGAGUUCAUUCGCGAACUCAACAAAGAAUGGAGGGAUGAGGAUCAUCCCACUGAUGUUCUCUCCAUGUCACAACAUGCCCCUGAACUUAAGCUUCCAGUUGUGAGGCUUUAUCUUUAA